AAAUUUAUUAUGUUUGAGUAGUCGGAUUGAUUGUGUAAAUAUUUUUUAAAAUGAUUCCAACCUCCUUCCCCUAUAUAUACGCACACAUAUAUCAUUUGGCCAAUUAAACUACCACUAUUUUUAUUAAGUUCUAUUCCUAAAAUGAGUGCAUCACCAAUUGUGAAUAAUGAAGAAAUGGAGAGAAUUAUAGAGCAACUGCCCAAAAUUAAUUAUUUUUGGAAUAAUUAUCAACUUUAUCAGUGGGAAGGGUUUUGGUCCACUCUUAUUAUUUUAAAGGCAGCCAUGGUCUUCAAGGCAACCUUCAAAACAAAACCUAAUGAUGUUCUCUUGGCAUCUUCCAUAAAAACAGGUACAACAUGGCUCAAGUCCAUAUGUAUAGCCAUCAUGCAAGCUGGUAAUAAAGAGGAAGAAGAAGACCUUUUAGUUAAGGAUAAUCCUCAUUUUUAUGUUACAACGAUAGAGACCAUGGAUUAUUAUUCAAAAACUCUAACUGAUGAUCUAUACACAAUGCCCUCUCCAAGAUUAUUUCACACACAUUUACCUUAUAGGGUUUUGCCAGAUUCAAUCAAAAAUUCGGAUAAUUGCAAGAUUAUAUACAUAACAAGAAAUCCUAAAGAUACCUUGAUUUCUGUGUGGCAUUUCUUCAAUAAUCGUAAGCGUUUAGAAGAUCUCACUCCUUUAGAAGUAGUUGUGGAGAACUUUUGCAAAGGGGUUCAUCUGUAUGGACCCUUUUUUGAACAUGUUCUUGAAUAUUGGGAAGAAAGCAAAAAAAAUCCUCAAAAAAUAUUAUUCUUAAAGUAUGAAGACUUGAAGAUAGACCCUAAGAAAGAGGUGGCAAAGAUAGCCUUGUUUCUUGGAAAGCCUUUUGGUAAUGAAGAGGAUUUGGAGAUAGUUUUGAACAAGUGUAGCUUGGAGAGGCUUAAGAAUUUGGAGGUUAAUAAGAGUGGAUCACUCUUGUCUUCUAUGUCUAUCCACAAUAGUGCAUAUUUUAGAAAAGGGAUUGUUGGGGAUUGGAAGAAUUACAUGAAACCUGAAAUGGAAGAGCAAAUUGACAAGAUUACCAAAUUGAAGCUUCAAGGGAGUGGCCUUGAACUUUGAUACUUGUACCCAAGAAGUUUUUAAAACACACUUGAACUACUUGACGUGAAUUAUUAGUAUCAUUCUUGAAUUAUUGACGAUUUUAAAAACGUCCAUCUAUUUGGCUAAUUCAACUUAAGUACACCCUGAUCUGCCACAUAGCAUAACAAGUAGUCUCAAAGUACUCUUGUACGAGCAUGUGAGCUCUGAAUAGAAAGUCGAGAUAAGUGCUUAAAACACCCCUAAACUUGACGAGAAUUAGGGGUGUAUUUCACUUGUGUGGCAAGAUUAGGAUUAGGGUGUAUUUAAGUUCAAUUAGUCAAGUAGAAUAGUGUUUGUAUGGCUGUCAAUAAUUUAAAAAUAAAACUAAUAAUUUACGCCAAAUUUAAAAGUGUUUCUAGAAUACUUCUCUCUUCUUAUAAUUACUACUUUAAAUAAGGUUUUCUAUUACUUCAUCUGAAUGAAUAAUAAGUCAAGGUUGUUGAAAAUAAUAAACUUAAAUGUUUCUAAGCA